ACCAAUAUUAAUAUCAAUACUUUCUAUUAUUACAUUAAAUAUAUAUUAAAACCAUAAUCUUUCAUCAACAAAGGUCUUGGAAAUGCCGUUUAAAAGCGCUAGCAUCCAUCAGGUGGGGAAUCAGAUAAAUAUAAAAACAGAUUACAACAAAUCAAGAGUCCAAUUGUGUGUGAAAGAUGAGCGCGUUCACGUCGCCCCAGGAGGCGCGUCACAUCUUACAUCUAAUCACGGAGGGGGUGAAUGAAAACAAGCCGGAUCCUUCACAAAUAUUUCCGUAAACGUUGACGUAUCGCUUGAUGUUCUGUCGGUCUUCCGAACGCGGUAGAAAUCUCCGAAUCAUUCAUCCAUACAGCUGGAUCUGGGUGACACCCCACUCGACCACCCCCCAAAUCCAUCAGCCAAUGAUGAAGCGCGUCCUGCGCGCCGUGAGAUAAAACCUGCGCAGCUCCACUUUACUCUACACAAACUCUCAAUUAUCCCUCUGAAAAAUAUGUCCCGUUAUCAUUGACACUAUCACUGUGGAUAAAGGCCGUCGGAUAUUUACAAACGUUUCUUCUGCACAAGGGAUUAAAACGCAGGAAUAUUUUCACUCAAGACUUCAAAUGGACUAAAACGGCAAAUUAAAUGAGAGUGGAACUUGGACAUAAAACCAGGACUUCAAGAAAACCAAGACUUCUCUGAGCAAUGUCCAACACAACCGGUCGAGGUCAUGGGGGUCUUAAUCAACUAGGUGGCAUGUUUGUAAACGGACGACCGCUUCCGGAAGUCAUCCGGCAGAGGAUUGUGGACAUGGCACACCAGGGCGUGCGACCCUGCGACAUCUCUCGCCAACUCAGGGUCAGUCACGGCUGCGUCAGCAAGAUCCUGGGCAGGUACUACGAGACCGGCAGCAUUAAACCAGGAGUCAUUGGGGGCUCAAAGCCGAAAGUUGCAACUCCUAAAGUAGUAGAGAAGAUAGCGGAGUACAAGCGUCAGAACCCCACGAUGUUUGCGUGGGAAAUCAGAGACCGGCUGCUGUCGGAGGGCGUUUGUGAUGGCGACACCGUGCCGAGCGUCAGCUCCAUCAACAGAAUCAUUCGCACAAAAGUUCAGCAGCCUUUUAAUCUUCCUCUGGACACUAAAGGACUAAGUCCUGGACACACACUGAUACCCAGCUCAGCCGUCACCCCUCCAGAAUCUCCCCAGUCGGAUUCUCUGGGCUCCACCUACUCCAUCAGCGGCCUGCUGGGAAUCCCGCAGACCAACGGCGAUGGCAAGAGAAGCCAUGAUGACAGCGAUCAGGAGAGCUGUCGGCACAGCGUGGACUCUCAGGGCAGCAGCGGUGCACCAAGGAAACAGUUAAGAACCGACCACUUUCCCUCUCAACACCUGGAUUGCGGCUUUGAGCGUCACUACAGCUCAGAUACAUACGGCCCGAAUGCGUCCGGGAAAGCAGAACAGACGCUGUACCCUCUUACGCUCAUCAGUGCGGGUUUGGAUGAUGGUAAAAGUCGAAAUCUGACAGCACAUCAAGGCUACACGGUGGUUUCAGAACCCCCACAGCCCCUCCCACUCUGUCUGAAACAGGAAAUGUCACCUGAGUUGAACAGUUCAAGCCCCUCCCCUAACAUCAUGGCUCAUUCAGCUUUCCUGGAGCUCACUUCUAUUUCCGCUCCCUCGUCAGUGUCCAUCGGUACCAGCUGCAGUAGCUCUGUUCAUUUAUCACAUGGCUUCAACUCAUUUUCUCAUCACGCUCCGGUGCACGGGCAGUUCGGCAGCCCGCCACUCAUCACAGGGCGAGAUGUGACCAGCUCAAUGCUGCCCGGUUACCCUCCACACAUCCCCUCCGCUGCUCAGACGGGUUUCUCGGCGUCCACCAUCACAGGGAUGGUAGCAGGUCCAGAGUACGCAGGCCAGGGCUACAGUCACCCAACAUACACCUCCUACAGCGACGCCUGGAGAUUCACCAAUUCCAGUAUAUUAGGUUCUCCAUAUUACUACAGCACCGCCUCGAGAGCUGCACAGCCGUCAACUGCUGCAUAUGAUCACCUGUAACAGCAAACAACAACUUUACAUUGUACAGCAACACAAAAGACGGACAGAUGUCGUUUUUUACAAUGAAUGGAAGAGACACAGAAACAUAAGGCGUGUGAAGAAGAAUUCACGGAUGAUACUUUUAUCUGGAAAUAUCUGGAAAAUAUUUAUUUCAUGCAUUCAAAGUCGGUUUAAAGACACUGUUUAUUUUACAAAACAUAAAAGUUUACAUUUCAGUCGAGUAGGCCUAGGCCUAACCCAUCAGUCUGACCAUUUGUUGGUGUUUAUAGUCGAAUUUACCCAAAGACAGUCUUUAGCAAACUGUUUUCAGAUGAGCUACAUUUCAUCACAUUUAGUUUAAGGAUAUAAGCAGAAACAUUCAUACCAAACCUGAACGAAUAAACACAUUAAUUAUUGAUAGCCUAAAUAGUUAUUUAAAACACGAGAAACAUCUGAAUCAUUUGUUUAUUCCCUGCUAAGUAAAAGAUAUUUAUAUCCAUCAAACAGAUUUUUGUUUUGAGAUGAACGAGGAACUGAGCACUUUCUUAAGUCGUGAAAACAUCCGAUAAUGAAAUUAAAUAUAAAGCACAUUGUUUUUAUCUUCAAUUUACCCAUCAAACGAAUUUAAGGACUAUUAAAACAUAUUUAAAAGUUUCUUUCAUAUUUAAAACAGAUGUUUAAUAGUUUGGGUGAAAGGGUAAAGAAUGUAGAAAAGGCAAAGUCCCAUUAAACUAAAUUCAACACAAAGCCUUUAAUGUUUAAAGCUGGACGCUGUUGCAUUUAUGUUUUAAAAUGUUUCUAUCUUUUAUCCUGAAUAGCCUACUUUCUUUUUUCAGUGUCAUGCUUAUAUGUCUGUGAUUAAGCGAGAGAUUUACAGUUGAACAGUUUAUUAUCAAUUAUAUUAUUCAAUCAUUUCUACAGAAUUAUUUUAAUUAAAUAAAGCAUGACAGAGUCCGCUCCCUUGUCUCCCUCAUGUAUCUGUCUUUUUACCAAAACAUGAAACCUAUAAUAUUUUGUCAGAGUUUACAAAAAAUGAUGUUGAUUUUUGAGAGAGCUUUGCGAUUUCUCUUCAAUUAAAUUGUGUCACUCUUCACUAAAAGUCGCAGGUCACGCGGUGUUUUCCUCUUGAGAAAUGUAUUAUGAUGCAGAUUUCUCGUAAGUCAGCAGUUUAACACUAUACACGAAAGGGACAAAAGCAAUGAUCCUGAAAACAUGCGCAUCUGUUUAAUUUCCUUUUUGAUUUUCUGCACCGUGUACUUUUAUUUGCAAUUAUUUCUCU